AAUGAGUUCCGAGGCAAACUGCUGAGUCAAAGGUGGACCCGUGGGGAGAAAAUCAACAGUUGUGAGUCAGCCCCAAGCCUCCACAGCAGACACCUCAAGAUGAGUUUAGAGAAUGAUGAUAAACGAGCCCGUACACGUUCCAAGGCAAUUAGAGUACCAACAGAACUCAUUGGCCAGGAGGUGAGCUGCCCCACUCCAGGAUGCAAUGGAUCGGGACACAUUCGAGGGAAGUACGCAAGACACAGGAGUUUACAAAGCUGCCCGCUCGCAAAGAAGAGGAAACUUCAGCAUGUAGAAACAGAACAUCUGGCACCCAAGAGAAAGUCCCAUCCCCUGAAGCUCACCCUUGAUGAAGGCUAUAAUGUUGACAGUGAUGGGAGCGAAGAGGCAGAAGCAAAGGAGGAGUCUGUGACGGAUGAUUCCGAAGGCACCCUGGAGGAGGAGGAGGAAGGAGAAACACUUGCACAAAAGGAGGCUUCCGGCAGCCCUCCCCCAGAAGAAGAUCAGAUAACAGAAGGUACUCUCAUGUCUAAAAGGCAAGUGUCUGAAAGUGAAGGACAAGUCUCCAGCAGUGGGGGAAACACGGUGCACUUGCUUCAUGAAGAAGCAGCAGAAGAAGAGGAGGAGGAAGAGGAGGAAGAGGAGGAAGAGGCAAUUGAGGAGGAAUGUGAAAAGGAGAUCAUCAUCCACAUGGAGGAUGCAGAAGAAGUCAUUGAGGUCACCAGCGAGCGUAGCAGUGAUUUGUGCCUGGAACAUCGGGAUGAUGAGGUGAGCUACAAGGAAUCAUGCAAACUUCAAAAGGAGGAAGAGGAGGAGGAGGAGGAAGAGGAGGAAGAAGAAGACCAUGAAGAAGAAGAGGAGGAGGAGGAGGAGGAGGAGGAGGAGGAGGAGGAGGAGGAGGAAUAUGAAGAGGAGGAGGAAGAGGAAGAGGAAGCAAUGGCUGAAGUAAUCUGUCAAGAAGCUCCUCACACAUCUCAGGAUACCCCCAAAACCCACUGUGAAAGGCAGAUGGUCAACCCCAAGCCAGAGUAUUCGGUCAUUGUGGAGGUGAGGUCUGACGAUGACAAGGAUGAUGAUUCCCACUCCCAGAAGUCCACUGUGACGGAUGAAUCUGAGAUGUACGAUAUGAUGACUCGGGGGAACCUGGGGCUGUUGGAGCAGGCCAUUGCACUGAAAGCUGAACAGGUCAAGGUUGUGAGGGAGUCUAGCCAGCAGCUGACUGGAGAGCAUGCAAAACAUCUCCAGACCGAGGAGAAGCAAAACAAAACCCUGGAUUCCAUCAGGAAGAACUACUACAGCAAAGAUUCUUCAAGGCCUGAGAAGCGUGAAAUCAAAUGUCCAACUCCAGGCUGUGAUGGCACUGGCCAUGUCACAGGACUCUAUCCUCACCAUCGCAGUUUGUCUGGCUGUCCGCACAAAGACAGGAUCCCUCCUGAGAUCCUGGCCAUGCACGAGAAUGUACUAAAGUGCCCAACGCCUGGAUGCACCGGACAGGGCCAUGUAAAUAGCAACCGCAACACUCACCGGAGCUUAUCUGGGUGUCCCAUUGCAGCGGCUGAAAAAUUAGCCAAAACUCAUGAGAAACAACAGCCCCCAACCAGUGACUCUACAAAAAAUCACUCAAAUUCAGAUCGGAUACUCAGGCCUAUGUGUUUUGUGAAGCAACUGGAGGUGCCUCAGUAUGGAAGUUACAGACCCAACAUGGUUCCUACCACGCCAAGGGCCAACUUGGCCAAGGAGCUGGAGAAAUACUCCAAAGUCACCUUCGAUUAUGCAAGUUUUGAUGCUCAGGUUUUUGGCAAACGCAUGCUUGCCCCAAAGAUUCAGACUAGCGAGACCUCACCUAAAGCCUUUAAAUGCAAACCUUUUCCAAAGGUUUCCACUUCCCCCAGCCACAGCCCGUCCAGCAGUUAUGUGAAGAACACUUCGUCUUCAUCCGCAGGCUUCGACUACUCCCACGACGCCGAAGCUGCCCACAUGGCCGCCACCGCCAUUUUGAACCUCUCCACCCGUUGCUGGGAAAUGCCUGAAAAUCUCAGCACCAAGCAACAAGACCUCUCCAGCAAGUCCAUGGACAUCGAAGUGGAUGAAAACGGGACUCUGGACUUAAGCAUGAACAAGCAUCGCAAACGUGAGAGCGCCUUCCCCAGCAGCAGCAGCUGCAGCAGUAGCCCCAGCAUCAAAUACCCCGACGUGUCCCAACGCCAAAACAGCACCAGUGCCACAAGCAGCACGAUGACCUCACCCCAGUCCAGCCACACAUCUCGCCAGGAUGAGUGGGAUGGUCCCAUUGACUACACCAAACCAAAUCGACAACGAGAAGAGGAACUGGAGGAGUCAGAGCCCACAGCCCGUUCAUUUGCUUCCUCUGAAGCAGAUGAGCAAGAAGUUCCAGAAGAAAACUUUGAAGAAAGGAAGUACCCAGGGGAGAUCACCUUGACCAACUUCAAGCUAAAGUUCCUUUCCAAGGAGAUCAAGAAAGAGCUGCUUACUUGCCCUACCCCAGGCUGUGAUGGCAGCGGACACAUCACGGGAAAUUAUGCAUCUCACCGCAGCCUUUCUGGUUGCCCUCUUGCUGACAAGAGUCUCAGAAAUCUCAUGGCUGCCCACUCUGCUGACCUCAAGUGCCCAACUCCCGGCUGUGAUGGGUCCGGUCAUAUAACAGGAAAUUAUGCAUCACACAGGAGUUUAUCAGGUUGCCCUCGUGCCAAGAAAAGUGGAAUGAAAAUCACACCCACAAAGGACGACAAGGAGGAUCCUGAGCUGAUGAAGUGCCCUGUUCCUGGAUGUGUUGGACUCGGACAUAUCAGUGGCAAAUAUGCUUCCCAUCGCAGUGCCUCAGGUUGUCCCCUCGCAGCCCGGAGACAGAAGGAAGGUUCCCUCAACGGUUCAUCCUUUUCAUGGAAGUCGCUCAAGAAUGAAGGUCCAACCUGCCCAACUCCAGGUUGUGAUGGUUCAGGUCAUGCAAAUGGAAGCUUCCUCACUCACAGAAGCUUAUCGGGGUGUCCAAGAGCUACUUUUGCUGGAAAAAAAGGGAAAAUCUCAGGGGAUGAUAUUCUCAACACUAAAUUCAAGACCAGCGAUGUUCUAGAGAAUGAUGAAGAAAUCAAACAGUUAAACAAAGAAAUCAGCGAGCUGAAUGAAUCCAACACUGAGAUGGAAGCAGCCAUGGUGAAGCUGCAGUCGCAGAUCUCCAGCAUGGAAAAAAACCUCAAGAACAUUGAGGAGGAGAACAAGAUGAUAGAGGAGCAGAACGAAGCCCUCUUCCUUGAGCUCUCAGGGCUGAGCCAGACUCUCAUCCAAAGUCUUGCCAAUAUCCGCCUUCCACACAUGGAGCCAAUCAGUGAGCAGAACUUUGAUGCCUAUGUAAACACUCUUACUGACAUGUACACCAACCAGGAAUGCUACCAGAAUCCUGAAAACAAGGAUCUGCUGGAAAGCAUCAAACAGGCCAUUAAAGGAAUUCAGGUCUAGUAAGUGGGACAAAAGAAAAAAGAAAAAGAAGCUUAAAGAGAGAGAGAGAGAGAGAGAGAGAAGACGUUAGAAUAUCUGGAAGACUUUAGAAGACCUUCACUCAGGUUUAUUUGCUGAAUGAAUGAAUUAAAGGACCAAAACUUAACCAAGAGGCCAUUCACAAAAGAAGAAAUGAACUCAAUUUUUGUUUUGUUUUGUUUACUUGAUGGCAUCACUUUGGCAAACAGUGGGGACUCUGUUUUGUUUUUCACCCCAGAUUAUGGUGGUGGAUUCAAAGAUGGGCUUGGAAGCAGGUGGAGAUCAUGGAUCUUCAUGCGCUGCUAGGUUCCUACACUCCAUUAUAGAGUUAUUCCAAGAUUUAGACCAUUAAAAAAACAGGGCUUUUCUCUAUAUCAUGGGAGGCUCCACAACCAUGUGUUGGCUUUGGUCAUGUCUCAAGAUAACACAUCAGUUCUAUGUCAUCUAUUCUAUAUGAGAAGCUGGAGCAGCAGGGCUUAUCUCUCCAUCUAAAUCUGGGCUAGGAUUCUUACUCAGCUAAGGAUUCCAAUGCCUCUGGACACGAGAACUCACAAAAGUAUUAUAGAGUCACAUUAUUUUUUAUUUUCCAAAAAUGCAGCUCUGGAUCUCCAGUGGAAGACGCAAUGGCAAACAAAAAACAAAAAAACAAAA